AUGGCGUCGUCACACAAGUCGACUCCACUGUCCAAAUCCCUGCAUGAUGUUCUGGUAGACCUCUACCAACAUCCAUAUCCGCAUGUUCCCAAUCCACCAAAAUGCAAGAAACGCGCGUCGGUAGCUCUCAUCCUCAGAGUCCGGCCUUCGUAUAGCCACUGUCCCGUCACUUCAAUCUCGAAACCGAAUCUAAACUUGUCGGUCGAGCAACAGCUAGAAGAUUUCUUUUCUCAAGACUGGGUCAGACAUGGCGACCCUGAGGUUCUAUUUAUAAAACGGGCAUCUCGUGUGGGUGAUCGCUGGACGGGUCAUGUUGCUCUCCCCGGAGGAAAGCGAGAUCCUGAGGAUGCAGAUGACAAGGCUGCUGCUAUUAGAGAGGCUUCCGAGGAGAUUGGGCUUGACUUGACGACGGACGAUUAUAUCCACGUGGGAAAUCUUCCUGAGCGAGUUGUCACCACCUCCUGGGGUGCCGUACCCUUGAUGGUCCUCUGUCCCUUUAUUUUCUUAUCAACACGCAGCGACUCGCCCACGCUCAACCUGCAGCCGACAGAGGUGGCUUCGACCCAUUGGGUUUCGUUAAGGGCUCUUUUGGCUCCAUCUUCCCGAGCAGUAGAGCAUGUCGAUGUGUCUGAUCGAUUUGUAAAGCAGGGCGGGUCUUUCAUCCGGCUCGCAUGUCGGUCCAUAAUCGGCUGGAUGCAGUUUUCCGCCAUCCGUCUGACACCAACUGAGAGUUUGCACUGUAACUCAGUCCCAGGGUUUAUCCCUGGUAUCGAAGAGUCGCAAGACUUCCCCUCUAUCUUUCAGAAGUUGAAAGCAUGGUCUGCACGCGGCAGGCUGACUGAUGGGACUCAUCGUCCCCUCCUUCUGUGGGGACUGACGCUUGGUAUAUUGGCCGAUUUUCUGGAUAUGCUGCCUCCCCACACAGCAGUCCAGUUGUGGACAUAUCCCACUUUCACUCCUCCUGACCUCCGACUCAUUGUGAACGUUUUGACUUACCGCCUACGGAAGCACAAUAUGCUUCUGGCGAAAUCCACUAUGCGGCCCAAUCAAACAGCAAUUGAUAGUCAGACAGCUGCAUUGCCCGUCACCAGGGAGACCGAUCUGGACAGCAAAGGUGAUGGCGGCAUUAGCGGGGUAGGGAUUGAUAAAUACAAUGAGAGCUCUCCAGGAAAUUCAGAUAGGAACUUCUACGCUGUUGGGAUUCUAUUGGGAGGAUACUAUGACCGUCUUCGGGUUGCGAUCAUUGUCUUCCUUGCAUGGAGAGCUGCUGCCGGAUCUAUAGCGACUCUCUCUAUUUUCAGACUGUUCCGGCACUAUCAGCUUUAUUAG